AUGGCGGCGAAUAGGGCGGAGAUUGACACGAGUGCCCCUUUCCGAUCGGUCAAAGAGGCGGUGAUGUUGUUCGGCGAGAGGGUUCUCGCCGGCGAGGUAUAUGCUAACAAGCUCAAAGAGGUGCAUGACAAGACGAGGACCAAGCACGGCCACAAUGCGGUGGCGUCCGAGCUCGAGGGGACGACACAAAGCCUCGAAAAAGCUCGGGAGAAGACGGUCCACAUGGCGCGUUCCCUCUCCUCGUUACAAACGGAACUCGAGCAAACCAGACGGGAGCUCGAGAAGCUCAAGGCCCGUGCUCCGGAUCCCGAGGCGGAGGACCUCAAGUACGUCGAAGAACUUGUGACCGAGAGAAUGAGAACCGAGACAAUGCCAGUCAUGCCUAGAAAUGACCGUGGGCCCCACGAAAGUUUUGGGAGGAAAUGCGUGUCGUUUGCUAAUCGUUCGCCGGUGGUCCACGUGGUGGUGCAGCCGCCGUCCGAAGAGGCGGCCGUGCUCGGGAGACACUCGUCGGUCAAGAAGAAGAAGAAGAAUAAGCCUAUCAUCCCCUUUAUUGGAGGGAUUUUCUCCAAGAAGAGUUUGUCCUGA